AGGCAAUUGGAAAAGUGCAGAGAAGGAUUCAAGACCAUUUCUGAUUUGCAGAGAUUGUCUGAGUUCUGAAGGACGACAGAUUGAGGUAACUGGAUGAGCACAGUGUUGGAGAAAUAAAAAUGACUUCCUGCUAUGUGGCCGCCAUGUUUGCCCUGAUGAGUUCCUCUUUAGCCACUGCUGGUCCAGAACCUGGUGUGCAGUGUGAACUGGCACCCGUCAACGCCUCCCACCCUGUCCAAGCCUUGAUGGAGAGCUUCACCGUCUUGUCAGGUUGUGCCAGCCGGGGCACAACUGCACUGGCCCAGGAAGUACACGUCCUGAAUCUCCGAGCCGCGGACCCAGGGCCUGGUCAGCCGCAGAGAGAGGUCACGCUGCACCUGAAUCCCAUCUCCUCGGUCCACAUUCACCACAAGCCUGUUGUGUUCCUGCUAAAUUCUCCACAGCCCCUCAUCUGGCAUCUAAAGACAGAGAGACUUGCCACUGGGGUCUCCCGACGUUUCUUGGUGUCUGAGGGUUCUGUGGUCCAGUUUUCGUCGGGAAACUUCUCCUUGACAGCAGAAACAGAAGAAAGGAACUUCCCCCAUGGAAAUGAACAUCUGUUAAAUUGGGCCCGAAAGGAGUAUGGAGCAAUUACUUCAUUCACCGAACUCAAGAUAGCAAGAAACAUUUAUAUUAAAGUGGGGGAAGAUCAAGUGUUCCCUCCCACAUGCAACAUCGGGAAAAAUUUCCUCUCGCUCAAUUACCUUGCCGAGUACCUGCAGCCCAAACCCGCAGAAGGGUGUGUGAUGUCCAGCCAGCCCCAGGAUAAGGAAGUACACAUCAUCGAGUUAAUCACCCCCAACUCUAACCCCUACAGUGCUUUCCAGGUGGACAUAAUAAUUGACAUAAGACCUUCUCGAGAAGAUUCUGAGGUGGUCAAAAAUCUCAUCCUGAUCUUGAAGUGCAAAAAGUCUGUGAACUGGGUGAUCAAAUCGUUUGAUGUUAAGGGAAAACUGAAAGUUAUUGCUCCUAACAGUAUUGGCUUCGGGAAAGAGAGUGAAAGAUCUAUGACAAUGACCAAAUCAGUAAGAGAUGACAUUCCUUCAACCCAAGGGAAUCUGGUGAAGUGGGCUUUGGACAAUGGCUAUAGUCCAGUAACAUCAUACACAAUAGCUCCCGUGGCUAACAGGUUUCAUCUUCGACUUGAAAACAAUGAGGAGAUGCGAGAUGAGGAAGUCUACACCAUCCCUCCCGAACUCCGGAUCCUGUUGGACCCUGGCAUCCUGCCUGCCCUGCCGAAUCCGCCCAUCCGGGGAGGGGGCAGCCGAAAUGGAGGGUUCCCCUUUCCUUUCCCUGAUAUCUCCAGGAGGGGAUGGAAGGAAGGGGGAGAAGAUGGGAUUCCUCAGCCAAGGGACCCUAUCAUCCCCGGCAUACAACUAUUUCCUGGUCCCAGAGAGCCAGAAGAGGUGCAAGGGAGCAUGGAUGUUGCCCUGUCCGUCAAAUGUGACAAUGAGAAGAUGGUCGUGGCUGUAGAAAAAGAUUCCUUUCAGGCCAAUGGCUACCCAGGGUUGGAGCUCACCCUGCUGGAUCCUACCUGCAAAGCCCAGAUGAAUGGCACCCACUUUGUCUUGGAGUCUCCCCUGAACGGCUGUGGUACUCGGCACCAGCGGUCAGCCCCUGAUGGCGUGGUGUACUAUAACUCCAUUGUGAUACAAGCUCCAGUCCCUGGGGAUGGUAGCGGUUGGCCAGAUGGGUAUGAAGAUUUGGAGUCAGGGGAUAACGGAUUUCCAGGAGACAUGGAUGAAGGAGAUCCUUCUUUACUCAGCCGACCUGAGAUUGUGGUGUUUAAUUGCAGCCUGCGGCAGGUGGGGAAUCCUAGUAGUGUCCAAGACCAGCCCCAUGAAAACAUCACCUUCAACAUGGAGCUGUACAACACUGACCUCUUUCUGAUGCCCUCCCAGGGGGUCUUCUCUGUGGCAGAGAAUGGACAUAUCUAUGUCGAGGUGUCUGUUACAAAGGCUGACCAGGAACUGGGAUUCGCCAUCCAAACCUGCUUUAUCUCUCCGUAUUCAAACCCUGAUAGGAUGUCUGAUUAUACCAUCAUUGAGAACAUUUGUCCUAAAGAUGAAUCUGUAAAAUUCUACAGUUCCAAGAGAGUGCACUUCCCUAUCCCACAAGCCGAAAUGGAUAAGAAGCGAUUCAGCUUUGUCUUCAAGCCUGUCUUCAACACCUCGCUGCUGUUUCUGCAGUGUGAGCUGACACUCUGUACCAAGAAGGAGAGACACCCCCAGAAGUUGCCGAAGUGUGUGCCACCCGACGAAGCCUGCACCUCGCUGGACGCCUCCAUGAUCUGGGCCAUGAUGCAGAAUAAGAAGACAUUCACCAAGCCCCUCGCUGUGAUCCACCAUGAAGGAGAGCCCAAAGCUAAAGGUCCAAGCGUUAAGGAACCGAAUCCAAUUUCUCCACCAAUUUUCCACGGUCUGGACACCCUCACUGUGAUGGGCAUUGCGUUUGCAGCAUUUGUGAUUGGAGCACUCCUGACGGGCGCCUUGUGGUAUAUCUAUUCCCACACAGGGGAGGCGACAGGAAGGCAGCAAGUCCCCACCUCCCCGCCAGCCUCGGAAAACAGCAGCGCGGCCCACAGCAUUGGUAGCACUCAGAGCACGCCAUGUUCCAGCAGCAGCACAGCCUAGCCCAGCCCUGCCUGGCCCAGCCCAGCCC